ACAGUGUGCACAAUCAUGGUUGUUUUUAGUAAGCGUCGCCAUGUGACCGAGUUUAUAAGAUAACACAUUUAUGAAACACAUGUGCGCAUACUUACAAUCCAACGCACCUAUUGUGUAGUAUUUAUUAGGGAGAAACAUACGGUGAUUGUCGGUGGAAUUUUCAUCUUUUAAAUCGUAAGGUUAUGUGGAUGACUUCGACAGAAAAUGUCCAUGAAACGUUGGAUGGGAGACUUGCCUAUGAGGCUUAUACAUGUCCCGCUGUCAUGUCUAGCAAUUCCAGGUUCCCACAAUUCUGCUACAAGCGACCUAGAUCCCGCCCUUGGCAUUGCCGUCGACCAAUCAGCCUCCGUACGAAAACUCGGUGGCUCUGUUUGUGGACAGUCCGUCGUACGCAAAUGGUCGAAAACCCAGAAUCUCAGCAUAGUGGAGCAACUCGAAGCGGGUAUUCGUUUCUUCGACUUUCGAAUCGCCAAACACCCUAGAACGCUGGAAUACCGCUUCGUUCACGGCCUUUAUGGCGAACAGGUUAGCCAUACCUUCGGGGAAAUAAAUAUGUUCCUGGCGAAUAACCCGCGGGAGAUUGUCAUUUUGGAUUUUAAUCAUUUUUACAACAUGACACAGCGGGACCACGAGCUACUGAUUCAAAUGAUCCAGAGCACGUUCAUGAAUGCGCUCGUGCCGCCGCCAUUUUCCGGUAUCAAUCACGUGAUGUGGGGAACAACUCUUGCCGCGCUUUGGCAAACGCCGUAUAGGGUGAUUUCGCUUUAUCACGACGAAAAUGCACACGCAACCUCCGGAAUGUGGAGCGGUGAAAAUAUCGACUCUCCGUGGCCAAACACGAGUCGAGUAAAUGACUUGAUAGCCUUUAUGGAAAACAUUUAUGCCAAUAAAUAUCGUCUUCAGAACGAUAAGUUCUACAACUGGCAGGGCGUUCUUACCCCGCAGACGAAAGACAUUGCCCUCCAUUUGGGUUCCACCUUAGAGGGCAGAUUGGCAACGCAGGCGACAGCGGAAUUUGUGAAAUGGUUGCAGUCUGGAAAAUUCCCGAGCUCCCAGGGUCUAAACAUUUGCUCGGCAGACUUCAUAGAGAAGCACAACUUCGUUCAAACGGUCGUUGGCCUGAAUCAUUACAUUCAAGACUUUCCUCGGACUUUCGUUGCCAGUGCGUAAUGAUUCAAAUCAAGGCAUUUCUAGAAUAUACAACUUGCAAAAAAAAUUGUUAUGCCUUUUUCAGUUGCAAAACAUAGGCAUUAUGAUUACCGGGACCAUUAUUUUCAGAAGCGCCAGAAUCAUACGUUAUGGUAAAAAAACAACACAUCUUAUGUGUGGACGUAUUGCGUCUGUCUACGUUGUAAAUUGAAUAUAAUACAUGUUUAUCUGUUUAUCCAUUUACUGGUUUAUUAUCAUGAACACACUUGACUCAAUAUUCUGAAUCAAUUUUGUUUUAUUUCCUUAUUUUUGUAGAUGUGUCUAAACAUCAUGCUCUACUUUGUGUUCACAAAUGUCUUUUGUUUUAGUUUUGACUCAACUACGAGUUUAAGAAAUUGAGCAAGAAUAUUUGUGUUUUUUAUAGCCGAGACUUCAGUAGUUUAAGAAAUUGAGCAAGAAUAUUUGUGUUUUUUAUAGCCGAGACUUCAGUAGUUUAAGAAAUUGAGCAAGAAUAUUUGUGUUUUUUAUAGCCGAGACUUCAGUAGUUUAAGAAAUUGAGCAAGAAUAUUUGUGUUUUUAUAGCCGAGACUUCAGUAGUUUAAGAAAUUGAGCAAGAAUAUCUGUGUUUUUUAUAGCCGAGACUGCAGUAGUUUAAGAAAUUGAGCAAGAAUAUUUGUGUUUUUUAUAGCCGAGACUUCAGAUGAUUUGUAAGUUGACGAACAUUUUCAGUGCUCAGCUGAGUGAAAACUCAAUCUCAUCUUCUGAGUUGAGCUAAAUAUAUGAGUCGCGUUCUGAGAAAACUGGGCAUAAUACAUGUGCGUAAAGUGUCGUCCCAGAUUACCCUGUGCAAUCUGCACAGGCUAAUCAGGGACGACACUUUCGGCUUUUCUGCCAUUUUUCGUUUUAAUGAAGUCUCUUCUUAGCAAAAAUCCAAUUUAGGCGAAAAGUGUCGUCCCUGAUUAGCCUGUGCGGACUGCACAGCCUAAUCUGGGAAGACACUGUAUGCACAUGCAUUAUGCAGAAUUUUCUCAGAACACGACUCAAAUAAUUGAAGAUGUCCUGGAUGCUAGGCUAUUGUUUCCAGUUCUGUUAUACUCAAAUGCAUGAUGUCGUUUACUUAUUUCAAACUGGAUGACGAUAUGUAUGCUUAUAAGGUCGCUAACAUGAAUUAUAUCCGUAAGCACCAGUGUUUGUUACUAAUAAACUUGCCGAA